AUUGAAUCAAAUAUUUACAAAGGUUGAUCAUUUUCUAAAAGUUCUUGAUUUGUAUAUAAACUGAGUUUUCGUGAUUGUUUUUAUAAUUUUUGUAAGCCAUCUGAUCUCGAUGAAUCUUCAGUAUUCAAUUUCAGUCGGUCUCCUAACCAUCCAUGACAAAUUCAGUGAUAAUAUAGUAAAUAGAUAACAAGUGAGACGUACGAGGUUACUUGGCUAUUUCUACAAAACCAAUAUUUAUGUCGGCCAUAGUUCUAUAUUAAAUAUUGUCACCAUACUUAAUAAACUUCCAUUGCGCCCCAAAAGUUUGUCUUUUAUCAAUGGAAAGAGAACAAGAAGAGUCUACGAUGAGAAAGAGAAGGCAGCCACCUCAAGAAGAAGUGCCUAACCACGUGGCUACAAGGAAGCCGUACAGAGGGAUACGGAGGAGGAAGUGGGGCAAGUGGGUGGCUGAGAUUCGUGAGCCUAACAAACGCUCACGGCUUUGGCUUGGCUCUUACACAACCGAUAUCGCCGCCGCUAGAGCCUACGACGUGGCCGUCUUCUACCUCCGUGGCCCCUCCGCACGUCUCAACUUCCCUGAUCUUCUCUUGCAAGAAGAGGACCAUCUCUCAGCCGCCACCACCGCUGACAUGCCCGCAGCUCUUAUAAGGGAAAAAGCGGCGGAGGUCGGCGCCAGAGUCGACGCUCUUCUAGCUUCUGCCGCUCCUUCGAUGGCUCACUCCACUCCGCCGGUAAUAAAACCCGACUUGAAUCAAAUACCCGAAUCCGGAGAUAUAUAGUCAAUUUAUAUACAUGUAGUUUGUUUUGUUUGAUUAGAAGAUUACAUUUACAUACAAGAUACACAUAGAUACUGGAAAAUAUAGGUAUGUAUACAUUCAUAAAUUAUCUUAUGUAUCAAAGAAUUUUAUAGAUUCUGAUUAGCUUUUUGUUUUUGUUUUUGAUAAGAACUCUGAUUAGUUGUCCGGAGACAAAACCGGCUAAGAGCAAUCCAUGAGAAGCUAGCGAGUGUUUUUUAGUUCAAGUUGUAAUAUAAAUGCAUAUUAAUUCUUUAGUAAUUUUGUAUAAGAAUUUGUGAUUCAUGCCUUCUUCCUAUUUUAGUAAUGUUUAAACUUCAAAGUUUUUUG